AUAAAGACCUUUGCCCUGGUUACAAUCACAGCACUUGCUGCUCUCGUCUCUGCGCACCCAGCACAGCCUGCUGUACUCGACUCGAGACAAAUCCCCGUGUCAUCGCCGGAAGGAUGUGGGACAUGCUAUCACGCCAGCAUCUCUCUGCCAUUCAAGUGUGGGCCUGGAAGGUCUGAACAGAUCUAUGGCUCUUGUAAAGCGUGCUGUAAGAACUAG